GUAUUUUUCUGUCGGUUCGUUUUGUCAGGUAGUUAGAUCGGCAUUAGUCCUGUAUAUCUGGCCCAGCCAUCUGUCAAAUUUGGUAGAACGAAUCUCCUAGUUUGCUAUUCCAGCGCUGUGUUAACAAUGUCGAUAAACGGAUUUCGUCGUAUCAGAUGUAAAUUUAAAACCUAAAAUAAAUUAAGAGUUAGUUGGUGCGUGGAAUUCCAAUUGAUAGGAAAUAGAUUAACUGUAAUUCAGAGCGUAUUAAGCUUGACACGUUGACAGCUGACGAGAAUGCAGGAUCUCCAGAACAAAGUGAUACGUAUUUAACUGUGCGGACGAACUCAGCAUACUGAUAUUCAGAAAUGUUACAUAUAAGCCAGAAACAUUGUUUUAGAGGCUUUUAUAUUGUAACGACCGACAGAAUAAGAUGUCCCAAGUAUGCUGGUCAUCUUCAUUAGCUUCCUUCGUUGCAUGGACAACAUAGUUGUUGCUUUAAGAUAAAACUUCAAGAAAAUGUCGCGUUGGUUUACAAAUGACUGACUGCUGCUGCUAGCAAUAUGGACCUCAAAUUUUGCCUAAUUUUCUGCUUCUUUGGGCAUGGCUGUUUUGCCCAUCUCUUACAAGGACUAUAUUGCGGCCUGGAGAACUGUUAUGAACUUUUAGAUGUAACGCGGCAAUCCACAAAGCAAGAAAUAGCUCGAAAUUAUCGGCAAUUAGCCAAAAAAUAUCACCCAGAUUUGCACAAAGGAGAAGCGGACAAAAAAGUUGCUGAAGAGAAGUUUAUGAUAAUUGCAAGAGCCUAUGAAACGCUCAGAGAUGAAGGUUCCAGAGCCGAUUACAACUAUAUGCUGGACAACCCGGACGAAUACUAUUCUCAUUAUUACCGAUACUUCAAACGAAGAACAAAAAUUGACGUUCGAUUGGUGGUGCUUGUGUGCAUAAGCAUCAUAUCUAUUGUUCAAUAUUUUUCAAGAAAACAACGAUACGAAGAGGCUAUUAAAUAUUUUAUGACUGUACCAAAGUAUCGCAACAAAGCACUGGAAAUAAUUAACCAAUCACAGGAUGGUGUUAAAAAGCUCAGCAACGACCGGCUGUCGUCCAGACGAAUCCUCUACGGCCUCGUCCUAGUCUUCCGUCAGCUCUGCAACGACGUGUUGUAGCUCAGACUGACCAGC